UUACGUUCCGCAUGUUCCUUUUGGAACUAUAAGAAAUAUAAAAUUUUAGUGUCCUGCGACUCAAAUCAGUCGUGAUGAAUCUUCUUCCAAAAACUACAACUGAAUUUGGAUCUACUGAAUAUUGGAACCAAUUUUUCAAAAAACGAGGACAAAAAGCAUUUGAAUGGUACGGUGAAUAUCUGGAGUUAUGUGAGCAGCUUAAUAAGUACGUCAAAGUGAAAGACGAAAUCCUCAUUGUUGGUUGCGGGAAUUCGAAAUUAAGCUUGGAUUUGUACGAUGUUGGGUUCAAAAAAAUCACCAACAUCGAUAUUUCGCCAGUGGUCAUCAAGCAGAUGCAGGAAGCCAACAAAAUCGAACGACCGGACAUGCUGUGGUAUCACAUGGAUGCCACCGCGAUGAAGUUCAGUGAGGAAAAGUAUUCUGUUGUGCUGGAUAAAGGAACGCUUGAUGCAUUGUUCACGGAUGAAUCGAAUUCGACGGUCGACACCGUCCGAAGGUAUUUAUCCGAAAUCGUCCGAGUGCUGCGCGUUGGCGGUCGAUACGUGGGCAUUUCCUUGCUGCAAGAGCAUAUUUUGCGAGAGUUGUUGACAUUUUUCCCAGAAAAUGAGUUCGUGUUUCGUGUGGUACGAUGCUGGGAAGCUGAGAAGAAAACUGCCACGGACAAUAGCGACGGUUCAACCAUGCCCGUGUUUAUGGUUGUGGCAACCAAGUUCAAAAAGUUACCAAUGAAAGUGUACGAGCUGUGUAUGACGAAUGAACAGAUUCAGCGCGUACAAAAACCAGAAGAAAUUGUCCUUUCGGUCGCAUGUGCCCAGAAGGCAGCCAUGAUUUGCAACGGUUUGGCUCGGGGAAGCAUUGCCGGUUUGAACGAGAUUUCUUUGGAUCUCCAUAAGCCAGGAGAAGAUGUACCUCGCUAUACUAUUCACGUACUCGAUCAGGCACCGGUACGAGGUAACGGAAAGUAUGCCGCCUUUAUUGUGCCACAGGGACGCGAAACCGAGUGGUUGUUUUCAACGCCGAAAGGUAGACAAAAACUGCUCGCCUCCGCCGGUCACAAUCGAUUGGCCACAGUUUCGAUGCAUCGUGGGCAAACUUAUAGCAGCCAGGAUGCCGUCAAGGACGAACUGUCCGAAAGUAUCAGAUCGCUGGCCCCUGGUGGACUACAAGCACAGAUUCCUUACCUUUCACUCGGGACAGACGUAGGCAAGCGAGAAACCAUCUUCAGCGGUCACAGCACCUUGUCCGGAGAUUAUAUCAUCGAAGAAGUUCUAGGGAAUGACAAUAAGAUUUUCCGAAGACUCGUUUUUCUCAACAAUCAAUUUGUGAUACAAUCGGAAGCCGCUAUCAAAGUACAGAAAAUCAAGGGAAAAUCGAAGAAAAUUGUCGAUCCCGGUUAUUUGGCAUGCCAGCAUCACUUGUAUAUGACGAUUGGGGUUCAACUAGCCGCAAGCUUAACCACAGAUGCUAGUAAAAAGUCUCUGGACAAUGUGAUGGUGGUUGGCCUUGGUGGAGGCGGUCUCUGUACGUUCAUUCAUCAAUGUUUAAGAAACACCAACCUGGUGGCCGUUGAGAUUGACCCGGAAAUGCUAUCGGUGGCUACCAAUUACUUCGGUUUGACACUGGACAAUCGAUUGAAGGUGGAAGUAAAAGACGGACUUGACUACUUGAACGAUGGCGUCCGAGCUGGUUCGGAGGAACAUUUCAAGGCGAUUCUGAUUGACGUUGAUAGCAAAGAUGCCACCCAGGGAAUGAGUUGUCCACCGAAGGCUUUCGUGGAGCAGCCGGUUUUGGAAAAUUGUAAAAAGUUACUGGCCGGUGAUGGAAUGUUUGUUCUGAACCUAGUUUGUCGCGAUGACUGCCUAAGGGAGAAGGUUGUGGAGGGAUUGAAACAGGUGUUCCAAUUUGUUUUGUCCUACAAACUGGAGGAAGACGUAAAUGAAAUAUUUUACUGCACGGACAACGAUGCAUUGGACUCGGGGGCAAGCUGGCAGGCGGCAAUGAAACGAUCCGCUCAGGAAAUAAAUGCCCUAGCCAAGAGGUUUCGACUCAGCGGAAGCGAUCUAGUCGAUCUGGAUGAACUUGUUGAAGGGUUGACGCUCUGAUAAAUGAACCAAACCGGAA